AUGGUCGAUCCUGUCCUCAUGCCACCAAGAUGCUGGGUAAAGGGCUGCGAGCCCCCAGAUCGACAUCCUCGAGAUGCAGCGGAUCUGCGGCCUAGGACGGCAGAGGGUCGGGAUCGACCCCAGCGUAAGGGGAAAGCCGAUGCUGUGCUGCAACGACACAGGUUGAAGCUUGAGUCUACCGUGCCGACAAACAACGCGCACCGCAGUCGGGCCCAGCAUCGGGCACAUUGCAUCCGAAAGCGAGAUCAGGAGGCAUUUGUUGAGGCAGUUCGCUUCGAGCAAGGUCACUUUGAAGGACGUUUCGCAGAUCCAAUGAUCAAGAAUUCGGGGUUGCUGAACGAGGAAAUGCUGGGUGCAACCCAUGCAAUUGGAGAGGUUGAUGAUGUCACUGUACCAGAUGACCCUCCGCAGCUAGCUUGGGAUCUGCAGGCAGGAGAGAGCUACUCCGCCAUGGCGACCCAGAUUUUCCUUGGUCUCGACCAGGCAAUGCGUGACCACCAUGCUCGAUUACCUCACCUUUUCAAGGCCGUAAAUCGUGGCGUGCCAGGCAUUCUUGAGCCGGCUGAGUUUCUGGAGGGGUUGCAGAGACUUCACAUCGUGGAGAGGGGUCAGGUGUCCAUCCAACAGCUUGUUGAGGUGAUGUACGACCUGGAUCCCGACUUUGAUGGCCGCGUUAUCUUAUCGCAUGUGCGAAAAUGCAUAGCUGCUACCCGGGCUUUACACAUGCCGACGAGCACUGGCGCUUUGGAGAACGACGUCACAAACCCAGUGCCUACGGACGCUUACUGUCGUCAAAGAGUGCCUGUGGAGAAAGUCGUAGUGGAACGCCAGCCAAAGUCCCUAUGGGAUUUUGAGCGCUCAUACGAGAGAUUCCGAAAUCAGCAACAUGAGUUGCUGGUUAUACAUAAUGAGAGAGAUCCGAAAGUUUCGGUGACCGCCUAA